GCUCGUUGUCUUGUCACGUCUGCUGCAUCCAUCGGCAGGGUCAGGGCUUCCUGCCUGUUGAUCAGUACCCAAUACCGGCCAUCUCUGCGCCGUGACGAAAUACUGCUUUUGAAUGAUUAAUUACCUGGAGUCGGUAAUAUUUGAAAUCCCGUGCAACUCAGUCAUUCUUUAAGUGUAUGAACUCUCACGAAAACAACCACCCGGCCCCCAGCACAGAUUCAAGCCAGCUCACCAUGUCUCAAACUACGACUUCCACCAGCACAAAGACAACUAUGGUUGUCAGAAAUCAACCUUUGGAUGUCGCUGAUCUCGAAGUGAUCCAACUGGAAAAACUCAUUGCAAAAGACCCCGCUGAAUCGGCAAAGCUCUUCAAGGCCGCGGGGUCAGAGGGGUUUUUCUACGUCGCUUUUGACAGUGGCCUCUCAGAGAAGAUCUCAGCGUAUCUCCAGAGCUGUUAUCGUGACUCUCAUGAGUUCUUUUCCAAGCCUCUGGACGAGAAGAUGAAGGCGUUCCGAGAGGGGGUAGACUAUGGCUACAAGAAAGCGGGCAUCGAAUCAUUCGAAAUCCCUCGAGACCAACAGAACAGUAUCGCUUUACCAGCCCCGUUCUCAGAACACGCCCAGCCGACCCUCGACCUUCUCAGCAUCUGCGACACCAUAACACGCACUGUCCUCGACAGCAUCUCCGAAAACCUUGGUCCGGAUACAGCCUCUGUUCUGAAAAACGCGCACAAUCCCGACGGCCAGAGCGACUCUGGAUUAAAGUUUGUCUCUGGUCCCACCAAGGCAUCCAUCACAGAGGUGCCCGACACUACCCACACCGACGGCGGCUCGAUCACUCUACUCUGGUGCGAGAAAUGGGCUAGUAUGAUGCAGACAAAAGAGACGAAGGAGUGGUUGUGGGUUGACCCCAAGCCGGACUGUGUGUUGGUCAACGUUGCCAAUUAUCUCCAGGAUCAGGCUGGCCUCCGUGUGCACUCGCCGGUCCAUAAAGUGAGCCAACCAUUUGAUGGCGAGGAGAACCGGUACUUUGUGUCUUAUUUCUUGAGGCCGAAUCACUAGAUAUGCCAAUUCACUGUUAAACCUGAAGCAAAAUGAUUCAGAUUUUCCAAACAGAAAUCAAUUUCAGCCAGAGACAAGAUCUUGUCAGUGACCGGAGCUCAGACUCUCUUGUUGAUUCCCAACAAUGCCCCACUUGAACCUUGGUAAACAAUGGAUUUGAACUCCGAAUUCUGCAGUCAUACUUGCAUCGGUGGGGAAUUAAUCUCUUAGCACACAAUCUGAGUGGGCCAUACCUGACCCACUGCACGAGCAAUAUGCAGGCAACUGGCAGCAAUCUGAUAUAUCAGACAGAGC